UACGACGCAAAUAUCGCGAGAGUCAGGUGACCUGGCAACGCAUACUAUGCAGGCAUGGCGGCGCCCUUGCGCUUACAAACACGACGCGUGAGUUCCUGUGUUGUAGGUUGAACGCGACGCGCUUAUGGUUGAGCUGCUCGGAAACUGUCAUCUGAAUUUAGUAAAACACAUACACUGAGGAAUUUUGUCGUGAUUUGUAAGAUCCAGAGCACAAGACACGACUGAUACGAAUUAAAGAAACAACAGGCCACUAAACACAGAGAUGUCCGGUGCAGCUCAGAGCAGUGAUGGUGGUGCAGGGCAGGACGCAGAAGCUGAUGGGGAACCUCCUCAUGAGGGAGAGGUGGAAGGAGAAGAGGAAGCACCACCAGCAGCAAAACAGCCUCGGCUGGAGCAGGAAGAUGUAGGUCUUGAUUUACAAAUGAUACAGAUGGCUGUGGUGCCUUCAGCAGACACAUGUGGGAGCCAAGGUGCAGCUGCGACUUUAGAGGAAGUUGCCUGUCAUCAGACUGAUGAAACAGGACAGGCUAUGGGGCCUGAGGAAGUUGAAGGAGAUGUGGAAUGGCAUCAAAACGGAGCAGAGAACAGAGAAACACUCGGACCGACUGAGGAGGACAGAGCAGAUGAGCCUGAGAAGAAUGAUUCAGAAGACAAGUCUGCUGAGCAGCGCUAUCAAGGCCUCGACUUCAGCCAGAACCCUCAAAUGCUGACAGGCUCCUGGGCCGAGUACACUCACACCGCUGAGAAUUACCUCAGAGGCUGCAAAUGGGCUCCGGAUGGUUCCUGCAUUGUCUCAAACAGCGUUGAUAAUGUUCUUCGUGUGUAUAACCUCCCGCCUGAGCUGUACAGCAGCCACUGGGAUAUGCUUUCUGAAAUGAGUCCAGUGCUGAAGAUGGCAGAAGGAGACACCAUCUAUGACUACUGCUGGUUCCCUAAGAUGACUUCUAUGGACCCAGACACAUGCUUCAUUGCCAGCAGUAGCCGAGACAACCCCGUCCACAUAUGGGACGCGUUUUACGGGGACCUCCGAGCAUCUUUUCGACCCUACAACCACCUGGAUGAGCUGACAGCGGCCCAUUCGCUGUGUUUCUCUCCUGACGGCUCUCAGCUCUACUGUGGCUUUGACAAAAUCGUCAGGGUCUUCCACACCGACCGUCCUGGGAGAGACUGCGAGCAGAGGCCCACCAUGGUCAAGAAACAGGGUCAGACUGGCAUUAUCUCCUGUAUUGCCUUCAGUUCGUGCCAGUCCAUGUACGCCUGUGGGUCGUACUCCCGUUCGGCCGGCCUCUACUCCUGUGAGGACGGUUCUCUGCUGGCUCUGCUGCCCACUCGACACCGCGGAGGCCUUACACACCUGCUGUUCUCACCCAACGGCUAUCACCUGUACACGGGCGGCCGCAAGGAUUCAGAGAUCCUGUGCUGGGACCUUAGAGAUCUGGGACAAGUUCUGUUCUCCAUGCACAGGAACGUCAAUACAAACCAGCGUAUCUACUUUGACCUGGACCAAUCUGGCCGAUAUCUACUGAGUGGGGACACAGAUGGUGUGGUGUCAGUGUGGGACACCCUCACAGCGCCACCUGAUGGGAACGAGGAGCCACUACAACCUCUGCUGCAGUUUCAGGCGCACACUGAUUGUACUAAUGGCAUCAGCGUGCACCCUUUCAUGCCAUUGGUGGCUUCGUCCAGUGGUCAGCGUAAGUUCUGUUGGCCGUCUGACAGUGAGGACUCUGAGUCUGAUUCAGUUGAGGGGAAUGUGAUGUCAUCAAACGGCGUUCGACAGGACAACGCUCUGGUGCUGUGGUGGGCCGGCCCAUUGGGCUCAACCAAUGAGAGAGGCCAGGAGGAGGAGCCAGCAGUUAUUGAGAGCUAGAUCUUUCGAUUGUAAAACUGUAUUCCUGACGACCCAUAAUCUACUGCCAAACCUAUAAUGAUUGUUUAGGUGAAGAGUGGUAAGAUUGUAAUUCUGCAUCUAUUUUAAUUGUAGAAUAGUCCCUUUUUAAAAUCCUCCAGGCUUUUUGUUCUUUGCAUGUUGCUGGGUUUGUAAACCUCAAUCAAUGAAUGUGUAAAAGUCAAGACUGAAAUCCUCCAAAAUCCAUUGAAUUUAAACCGGUUCUGACAGCAAAUUAUGAUUCAGAUCACCUGGGACACUGAUCUGAAAUAUUAAUAAUUCAUUCAUAGAUUUCAUUUUGUUUGGACGGGUACCUAAAUUGAUGUUUAAGUUGUUUACCAGCAAUGCUUUCAGGAUGCCCUGUCGUCCCUGGAGUGUGAUGCCUCUCAGGUUUCCGAUGCAGCAGUGCAGCCUUUCCGAUUUGCAUUGGGUUUGUUUUCCUUUCACCAUGUAAAGCCGGUUUUCAGGAAACACAUUGAGCCUUGUCUGGGACUUACUUUAAGGACUGUCAGUGAACGCAGAAGAGUUAUUUCAGGAGCAGGUUUAAUCCCUGUAUGUGAUGAUUUUGACUAUGGGAAGGCCGUGUGUGAUGGACUGAGACAGUUCAUCUUAUGUUAAAUGUGCCAUAGAGCUACAGUGGGCAGCUGUGAAUAUAUUUUUGUAAGCCAGUAAUCUGCUUCAUUGUGUGUGAAUGUGGUUGUUUUCCUGCCUCUCAGUGGGCCCCGUUGCUUUAGCUGAGACUGUGCAUUCCCUUUUAUAAUAACCUGUGUUUGUUUGUUUGUGUAUGUGUUGGAGAGAGAGAGCGUUUGCAUAUUCUACUGUUAGCUGUCAUCUUGACACAAUGGUGUGUGUUUUUACAAAUGUACGCUUUUUACAGCUUUACCUUGUGUGUGUGUUUGUGCCUGUAAUUUACUCUUUAAAGCAGUGGGUUUGAAUGUUUCAGGCUUGCCAAACAUGCUGUAGUCAGAGUGCUGAAUAUCUUAUUACAUUCACUGCUGAAAGCAUCAGUUGUUUGUACAAAUGCGUAAUACAAACCUUUUUUGUACAGUUUCUCUGGAUUGUAAGCCAAAUCAUUCAGGUCUGCUUGUGGUUUCUUCUACUCAGAGGAACCAUUUGCAACCGGUAGAUCACUGUGGC